AUGGCCCUGCACUACCCCAUGGCUGCAGGCCUCAACAAGGGCCACAAGGUGACGAAGAAUGUCAGCAAGCCGGGAUAUAGUCAGUGCCACAGGCGCCUCACCAAGCACACCAAAUUCGUGCGGGACAUGAUCCAGGAGGUGUGCGGCUUCAUACCCCAUGAGCUGCACGCCAUGGAGCUGCUGAAGGUGUCCAAGGACAAGCCCGUGCUCAAGUUCAUUAAGAAGAGGGUGGGCACGCACAUCCAUGCCAAGAGGAAGCAGGAGGAGCUGAGCAACGUGCUGGCCGCCAUGAGGAAGGCGGUGGCCAAGAAGGACAGAUGCCCCCCCCAAUAA